UUUUAAUUGUGCUGUGGAAAGGAAAGACUUGCAAAUUAAAUCUGCACAAGUCAUGAAGUAGCACUCUGGACAAAUAAUAAACCACUACUGCAGUACUUCUGUUUGCUGAAGAAAGACUUCAUAGUUCUCUCUGAGGCAACUUUCUCUCCUGCUGAGUGGCUGCAUCACUCACUGCUGCAUUCUGCAACAGCUUCUGCUCUUUCCAGUUAACUCUCUGCUUUGCCCUUGCACCUACAUAUUUACAUCGGCAUUAGUGCCUCACUCACCCCUAAGGAGUUAACUGCUUUUAUUACACGAUCUGCUUGGCAUUCAGGAUGAAUAGGAAACGGCUCGCCCCUCCUCUCCGACAAUAUUUUCGUGCUCUUUAAAUCUCUGUGCCCCGGGCUGCCUGCAGCCUGGCACACUGCAUGUCGCCGGAGGGUCAUGCACGGGGGCACCCGUGGGACAUGAGCACAGAGCUGCUGCAAAGCGUAAGCCCUGCGGGCACACUGAGAGGGCACGCUGCCUCGCACCAUGCCCUCGUUCGAUGAGGUGUUGAAGGAAGCCGGGGAAUUUGGAAGAUUUCAGAAAAGGGUCUUUUUCCUCCUUUGUCAGACAGGCAUCACUUUUUCAUUCCUAUUUGCCAGCGUGGUUUUCCUCGGGCAGGUGCCGGACAACUAUUGGUGCCGGAUACCUGGGGCGGCUGAUUUAAGUGAAAAGUGCGGCUGGACGCUGGAAGAGGAGCGAAACUUUACAGUGCUGCCCCUGCUGCUGGUGAAUGGCUCCUCCGGUGGGCGCUGCGAGCGGCUGGAUGUGACCUGGGAUGCGGCUGCCGGCUGUGCCAGCCCCCUCACCCACCGCCUCGAUGGCAGAGUGGGCAGCCCAUCACUUGCCCCCUGCCAGGACUCCUGGGUGUACCAACAGCCCCACGCCUCCAUUGUCAGCGAGUAUAACCUUGUGUGUGGCCAUGCCUGGAUGUUGGAUCUCUCACAGGCUAUCCUCAACCUGGGUUUUCUGGCUGGUGCCUUCACCCUUGGCUAUGCAGCAGACAGAUAUGGCAGAAUCCUCAUCUACCUGCUCUCCUGCCUUGGGGUUGGGAUAUGUGGUAUUAUAGUGGCAUUUGCACCGAACUUUACUCUAUUUUUGAUCUUCCGUUUUCUCCAAGGUGUCUUUGGCAAGGGAACCUGGAUGACAUGCUACGUGAUUGUGACAGAGAUUGUUGGUUCUGAUCAGCGGAUCGUUGGGAUUGUGAUACAGAUAUUCUUCACCCUGGGAAUUAUGAUUCUCCCUGGAAUUGCCUACUUGAUUCCCACCUGGCAAGGGAUCCAGCUGGCCAUUUCACUGCCCAACUUCCUUUUCCUACUCUACUACUGGGUUGUUCCUGAAUCUCCACGUUGGCUUCUGACACGCAAAAAGGGAGAGAAGGCAUUAAAAAUCAUGCAAGACAUUGCAAAACACAAUGGAAAAUAUCUCUCGCCACAUUACUCUGAGAUCACUGUUAGCAACGUGGAGGUCACCAAUCCCUCUUUCCUAGACCUGGUGAGAACUCCUCAGAUGAGGAGGAACACACUCAUCCUGAUGUAUGCCUGGUUCACAAGUGCCCUGAUCUACCAAGGGCUUGUCAUGCGCCUAGGAAUUGUUGGAGGAAACCUCUACCUGGACUUCUUCAUCUCAGGAGCUGUUGAGUUGCCUGCUGCUCUCCUAAUUUUAAUCACAAUUGAUCGCAUUGGCCGGCGCCUUCCUUUCGCAAUAAGCAACAUCGUGGCAGGAAUUGCAUGCCUUAUUACUGCCUUCUUGCCAGAAGAUAUUCCAUGGUUCAAAACCACAGUGGCCACACUGGGAAGGCUGGGCAUCACAAUUGCUUUUGAAAUCGUGUACCUUGUGAACUCUGAGUUGUACCCGACAACGUUGAGAAACUUUGGUGUUUCUCUGUGCUCAAGUUUGUGUGACCUAGGUGGGAUCAUAGCCCCAUUUCUGCUUUUCCGAUUAGCAGCCAUUUGGUUGGAGCUACCUCUGAUUAUUUUCAGUAUUCUUGCAGUUGUCUGUGGGAUCCUAGUAUUACUUUUACCAGAGACAAAGGGAAUCUCUUUACCCGAGACAGUGGAGGAUGUAGAGCAACUUUCAGGUCACUAUGGUAAAUGUGGGAAGAAAAAGAAACAUCAGAACACCAAUUCCUAUAUUUGAUCUCUAAAGGAUGAUGUUGAGCAAAGGACUGUGAUCCCAUAUGGGGAAUUUCUUCUUCACUUGACACCACUUUGAAGUUUGCUCCAGAGUAUGGAUUAAAUCCAGCUUCUUCUUCUGAGUAUAAGAACAUUCAGAAAAAGUGGUGUAUUCUUCUGUAAAUAUGAAAUAAAUUCAUUUUUUUCUAAGUG